AUGAGUGAAACACCAAAUCCUCUACUGAGAUCGCCCAGCAAAUCAUCCUCCCUACGCAAGAAAUCAUGGUUGAGUCCAGGAUGGAAAGGCAGUUCCAAGAUCGCCUUGACGUGCGCAGUUGUGGUGUUGAUCGCGAAUAUCUGUCUGACCAUCGGCAUUGUGGCGGCUGGUGAUAAAAUGUCCAAAGGCAUCUACAUGGUCUACGAGGGGAGCUGCACUAAGACUGAAGAGAAAGAUACUUACGUGCAUUUGGCACUCAACGCCGUCGCCACGACACUAUUGGCGAGUUCCAAUUAUUGCAUGCAGUUGCUCACGUCUCCGAGUAGGCGCGAGGUCGAUAAAGCUCACGCGAAGCGGAGGUGGUUGGACAUUGGCAUUCCCAGCAUUCGAAAUUUGGGCUCUCUGAGCAAGAAGAAGGUUGUUUUAUGGUGGCUUUUGGGCAUUUCCUCGAUCCCGCUCCAUCUGAUAUACAAUUCGGUUUUCUACUCGGCGCUCGCAACGAACAAUUAUAACGUUUUGUACACCUCACCAGACUUCGUCAAUGGAGCCUCUUACAAUACGAGUGCAUUUCCUGACAACAAAUAUCUGAACGUCACAGACAUCCAAUCGAGGGCCAAGCAAUUCGAUGUCCUUGAUAACGAGGAAUGUAUCCGGGCUUACGCAAAGGAUUUUGUCGAAGCCCGCCGUAAUGUGAUCGUGGUGGUCAAAGAUCCUCCAUCCAAUCAAGGCUCGCUCUUCAAGCUCGAAGACAACGAAUUUCCUGAUGACAUUACUCCGAAAUACAAUGCCUUUGCCUGGAUAUGCGACAACCCCGAUGUUGUCCGACAAACAGAUGCUUGCUGUGAAAACGAAUACGGGUUCGUGCCUUGCUCGAAAAUCACCCCCAAGCUUGUCAAAAUGGCAGACCAAUGGUCGACAGGUGGUUUUGAAGUGGAUCACUGUUUGUCUGAGAAGGUGCAAUCACAGUGUCAUCUUCAUUUCUCGCUCGACAUGAUGGCCGUGGUAUUGGCCUUCAACGUUCUCAAGGUUAUCGGCAUAGCCUAUGUCGCUUUUCGGAUGGGUGAACCUCCCCUGGUCAACGUGGGAGACGCUGUUCAAUCCUUCUUACGCAACCCGGACCGGACCACAGAAGGUAUGUGCCUAUCGAGCCAUGCCAGCAUUGUUGCGUCCUCGCAAUCAGGAUACACGACGGGUGCUAUGCGCUACGAUCCUAAGCAACACCGGUUUGGGGAAGCGGCGACCUGGAAACAGUGGAGCUUCCUACUUGCAAUCUUCACCUUGGUAUUGACCGGAACCGCAGUGUGCCUGGCACUGGGUAUCAACAAUUUUGUCGGCGACAAGACGAUUCAAAACGCCUGGGUUGUCGGUUUGGGCACCGUCAGGCCCGGGAAUCUAGUCAUGGGCUGGAAUCUGCCGGGGUACGGCAGCACAUCAAUUGCAGUGUCCACGCUCAUCGCCAACACCCCGCAAGCCAUUUUUUCUUUCUUGUACAUCUGCUACAACAGCCUCUUCACCGUCAUGUUCCUGUCGCGCGAGCUUUCGAAUCUUAGCGUGACGGCGGGUCGUGGUCGGAAGAACCUCCGUGUCACCGACCCGCAGGGCGAACAGAAGAGUACAUAUUUCCUGAGUUUGCCGUACAAAUACGGCAUACCAUUGCUCAUCGGCUCAGGUCUGUUGCACUGGCUGGUGUCCCAAAGCAUAUUUCUGGCCAAUAUCACAAUCAUCCCCCGUGAUGGGACGGUACCGAUGCAAGACGAGAUCACCACGGUGGCAUACUCGCCCAUAGCCAUGCUUUUCAUUUUGUUUGUCGGGUUUGGGCUGCUGGUCUUCUUGUUUGCUACUGCCAUGCGCAAGCUGCCUAUUGGCAUGCCUCUGAUUGGUAGCAAUUCGCUGGCCAUCAGUGCGGCAUGCCAUCCGCCGGGGCAGCUCGACGAGAGUGAAUGUGAAGAGAUGGCUCAGCACCCCUUGAGCUGGGGUGCUGUACCUGGAUUUUCCAAGGUUGGCGAUUUGGGGAUAUCAGGCUACGAGCUCGACAGUCCGGAUGAUGAUGGGCACAAUGUCGGACACUGCUGCUUUAGUGACCGGCGGAUGGAGGCCCCUGUACGAGGGAAGUUCUAUGCAUGA